AUGUUGGUCAGUUUUUGUUGUCUUGUUGGGUUGGUUGGUUGGUUUAACUAUUUGUAAUUUUGCGAAUUGAAACUUUUCAAAAUCAACUAAACCAACUUUAAUUUAGUCGUUUGACACAGUUUUUCGGUCUAGCGUGCUUACCCAUACAUUAGCUCAAUUUUAAAUUCAAGAUCUAACUUUACGAAACUAAACUUCUAGUAUGAUUAAAAAUUUACUAAACUAAACUUACAAUUUUCCACAUCUAAAUUAUUAGGCAGGCUUGUGGUUUGGAGAGGUUGUAAAUGUGAACAAGAGACUGUAAACCAUUUGAAGUGGGAGACACAGAACUUUGGAACAUUGCUUCUUGAAGCCUUUACUUUUUCUCUCCACCAACCCCUAUUGGAAUAUGUUCAACUCCCAACUACGUGUUGAGUGCACUUCAGUAUAAAAGUAGAAAACACAAUUUGGGUGAGAAUCUCACCAUCAAUCUUCCCACAAUCUUCUCUAAGGUGAUUGAAGUUUGUUGGGGGAAGAAUGAACAGUGGAGUGAAUCAAAAGAAAAAGAUUUCAUCAUGAAAGGUGAAGCAACAUCAUAUUUUAAACCCAAUCUUUCAUCAUGAAGCUUUGAAAUUUCUUCCUUUUAGUGGUUACAUACACCGCCAUUUCUUUUUUUUUUUUUUUUGAUCUUCCUUCCUCAACAAAACCAAUAAAAUUUUAUCAUUCUCUUCACUUUCUUUUUAAAAAUCUUUAUUCUUUCAUGCUGUUGAAUUCAAUGGUCUUUGAGGACCCUACCAAUUCCUUGAUGGAAGGGGUUUAUCCAUAUUCCAUUAUAGUUAAAUUAUUAAUAUAUAGACUGCAAAUUUCUUAUCAUACUCUCAUUUAACCAUAUCCCCAAGAUUGCUUUACAAACCUCUUGAUUCUUUAUAGCCUUCAAAUCACAGCCAUCCGAUCCCUCUUUUCAUAGUUUCAUCUCAUUUAUAUAUAGUUCAAACCACCUCAAGUAGUAUUAGUCUUUCACAUUUGGGAGGGUGGCAAAAGCAGAACCAACACUUCGAGUUGUUUUUCGAUCACUGGGUUGAAAGAUGCCAGGAUUUGGUGUUUUCCCUCUUGGUAGCUGCUUUGAUGGGUGUAGAGACCAUGCUCAAGCGUCGGGAUUCGGCACUCGAGUAUGGAACUUGAGCGAUAGGCCAGUGGAGCUGCAGAUAAGGGUGGGAUCGAUAUUGAAAAAAGUGCAUAGUUUGAAGCCAGGAUGCUCAAAGAGGUUGAAAUGUAAGAGUAUUUACAAAGCAUAUAUGCCUGGAAGGAGUAUGAAGAGCUUGCUUUAUUACUAUGAUGAAGCUUGUCAACCUUAUGUUUGGAUACAUGAAAGUGGAGGUGAUUCCAUGAGAAUGGUGAAACAACAAUACGUCAGUCUUGAAGAUCUAAGGGAGUUUUCUGAGAUCAGAAUCUUUAGGGAUCAUCAACGUGGCUGCAUAUCGGUUCGUAAGAAACCAAGGCCCGAUUUUUGCUGAAUUUUACACUCAUAAAUGUGUUUGCCUUCAACCUCUGUAACUUCUAUAUGAAUGUUGUUCUUGUUUUUGAAGUCUGCAAUGUCCACUUGUCUUUCCAUGUUCUGUUUUUUCUUUGGAAGUGAACAAAAUCAGAUGACAUUGUUUCGGUGUAUUGCUUUAAA